AUGAAUAUAAUUGUGUGGAAUUGUAGGGGCCCCUUGAAGCCCAAUUUUCAAGACUAUGUUCAUGAUCUUGUUCGUCAACAUGAUCUAGCUAUUUUUGUGGUUACAGAAACCCAAAUUGGUGGAGAUAGAGCCCGAGAUAUCAUAGAUAGGUUACCGUUUGAUGGUGCAAUUCAUAUUGAAACUAUCGGUCAAGCUGGAGGUUUGUGGCUUUUAUGGAAUUCAUAUAGAGUUGAGGUGUCCUUUCUGGCUAGCUGGGAGCAAGAAAUUCACUCCACCGUAAAGGUACGCUCAUCUAACUUUAGCUGGUUGUUCUCUGCUGUGUAUGCUAGCCCUAGAAGUGCUGAAAGAUGUAUUUUGUGGAAUAAUUUAUCUAACGUAGCUGAUCUUCAUAAUAUGCCCUGGGUCAUUGCGGGUGAUUUUAAUGAGACUCUUAUUGGUGCGGAUAAGUUUGGUGGUAGAGUGGUUAGCAUAAAUCGGGCUCUGUUAUUUAAGGAUUGUCUGGAUAAAUGCAACAUGGUGGAUUUAGGUUUUUCUGGCCCAAGGUUUACUUGGACGAAUGGCAGGGAAGUUCAGGAUCUCAUUCAGGAAAGGAUUGACAGAUUUUUUGUGAAUCCGGACUAG